AUGCCAUCAAUGCAAUCAAAGCCACAGUCCAAGUUCAGUGAAAUGACCGUGGACGGUGCUCUAUCGCACAGAUCUGAAUCAGAAUUUAAAAGAAUAAUCACUCGCGUCCAAAAACCUGACCUUGAAUUGUUGAAUCAUCCUCAUCGACCACGGGCUGUAUCAGUCGCGUCCUCGGAUGGAGAAUCUGAAGCUGAUUCCGAAGAGAAUCCUUCCUCAUUCUCUGGCUUCAAGUCGGUGCAUAGAGUUUCACUACACUAUGGUGAUCUCAGUAAUGAGCCUACCCGACAGGGUCCCACAAUGGAAGCUCGCAUACUGAAAACUGGUGCAAACCCACGCAAAUUGACACUACAACCAAACUCUCUCAAACCAACUCCGACGACGACCACCAAGAACUACAAGCACAAGAAGCAUGUGCUUCAGAUAGCAGAUCCAGAGUCUAUAGCUACACGUUCGAUAACGCGAGUGCUCUCUUGCAACAAGAAAGGAAGGAAAUCCAUCAGACGCGUAUCAUUGUGGGUUGGUGAGCCAGUCCUAUGA